AAAAAAUUUAUUAAUUUCAAGAUCCCAGCUCAUGGAAGUUUCCAUAUCCGCAGCAGCAUCUGAUGUCCACGAUCUACCGUCUCCUUCGUCCCUCUAUAAAGGCCACCUCUCCUUCUCCGUUUCUCUGCACAUCGAGUUCACACACGUACACACAAACACAGACGCACACUUCGGACAUUCUUAUUGCAAGACUCAGACACACCCAGAUAGUCCCAGACAGGCUUCUUGGCUUGAAAAUGAAGGCCAUGACAGAGAAAAGGUACGCCCUCUUGCUCGCGGCAAGAGACUCGGACUACGUGAAGAAAGUCUACGGCGGGUACUUCAACGUGUUCGUGGCGGCCUUCGGCGAGGACGGCGAGAGGUGGGACCUGUACAGGGUCGUGGAUGGGGAGUUCCCGGACAGGGACGAGCUCCACAAGUACGACGGGUUCGUCAUCAGCGGGAGCCCUUUCGACGCCUACGGCAACGACUACUGGAUCCUCAAGCUCUGCCUCCUCUUGCAAACUCUCGACGCCAUGGACAAGAAGAUGCUGGGGGUUUGCUUCGGCCACCAGGUGUUGUGCAGAGCAUUGGGGGGCAAGGUUAGGAAAGCGUACACAGGGUGGGACAUUGGGCUGAGGAAGGUGAAGAUUGUGAAGGACUUGUUCCCAUGUGGGUAUCUGAAUGAGAUGGACGAUAUCCCACCAGCUCUGUCCAUUAUUGAGUGCCAUCAAGAUGAGGUCUGGGAGGUCCCAACUGGUGCUGAAGUCAUUGCAUUCUCCGAGAAAACCGGCGUCGAGAUGUUCGCGGUCGGUGACCGCAUUCUCGGUAUUCAGGGCCACCCCGAGUACACCAAAGACAUUCUCUUCAAUCUCAUCGACCGCCUUCUGAACAACGACUGCAUCGAGAAAGGAUUCGCUGAAGAUGCCAAGUUUGCGUUAGAGAUGGCCGAACCAGAUCGGAAAUGCUGGGAAAGGAUCUGCAGAAACUUUCUCAAGGGAAGAUAGAAGGAUUGCUUACGUUCUUGUUCUUUUUUUUUUUUUUUUUGGUUCGAUUUUCGUUUCCUUUUAUGACUCCAUUACUGACCAAAAAUGGUUAGAAGAAACAAUGUACGAUCCUCAGUUCGUAUGGUAAAUAUAUGUACGUAUACUAACGACCGUCUUUUACAUCCUUGCCCGAACAAAUGUCAACUAUUGACACAACUUAUUGUUUGUGUCUACAUUCAAAUGUUCAUCCCUAAAAGUAA